AUGUUGAAUGAGUCUGAAAAUGCGAUCAUCGUCUCUUCACCUCGUUUACUCAAUCGAAUUAAAUUUCUCUGUUUUCUCGCAUUUCAAAUUCCAUCGUUAAUCUGUUCAAUAUAUUUAUUUUUUCGAUACAUUAAAACUGAAACUCUUCGUCGUUCCAUUCACAAUGAUAUCAUUAUAAUUUUAUUAUUCAGUAGUUUUCUUUUUGUUUUAAUUCCAAUUUCAUUAAGUGAAUCGUUUUUAUUCACAUCAUAUGUUCAACCAGCGAAUGACAUUUUUUGUUCCAUUUGGACAUGGAUACAUUAUAGUAUUAAUAUAAGUAAUUUAAUUCUAAUGACAUUUGCUUGUAGUGAACGUCAUUGGUUAAUCUUUCGUUUGAAUCAUUUUCCAAGAAGGACAGAUCGUUUCAAAUAUCAUUUUAUUCCGAUAGUCAUUUGUAUGGUUUAUCCGUGGAUAUUUUAUUUGAUUUUAAUCUUUGUUUAUCCAUGUAAAUCGGAAUAUAAUUAUAAUCAAUUACUUUGUUUAGCUCCGUGUUAUUUUUUUAAUGUUUUAAUGGGAAAUGUUGAUACAAUAAUUAAUAAUUGGAUUCCGAUAUUUUCGAUUCCAUGUUUGAGUUUUAGUUUAUUUCUUCGUUUUCUUUUACAAAAACGUCGAAUGCAAAUGAAUUUAGUUGAUUGGAAACGCGAUAGAAAACUGAUCCUUCAGCUAUUAAGUGUCACAAUUCUCUACGUUUUAGGCUGGGCGCCCCUCCAAACUGCGGCGAUUUAUAUUAAUUUCUAUCUUGGAGGUGUUUCUCCUCAAUUUGUUGUCGAUUACUUCUAUAUUUUACCUUAUUUUAUUCAUUUAUUUUAUCCGUUCGUUAUACUUUUCUCUCACUCAGAAUUCCGUCGAAGAAUCCAUCUUGUUCAACCUCAAGACUAA